AUGAGUCCGGUGGAUACGGUCCCCGCCCCAUUGUGGGCGCGAGAUAUAGUCAGCGAUCUCAAGUCUGCCUCUUCUACCUUCUCGAGUUGGGAUAGUUGCAUGUCCAAGGCUUACUGCAAGUGGCCUGUCAUUGCUGCUAUCAUCGUCGGCGGGCUGAUUGUUCUGUCCGUCAUUGCGUGUAUUGUCAACUGUCUAUGCUGCGGUAUUCAAUGCUGCAAAGGAUGUUGCGGAUGUUGUUCAAUGUGCUGUCCGUCGCCUCGAAACAGGCAACGCAAGGCUAAGCACUUGGACGAUCCGUACCCACCCCCAGAUAUGCCGGGGGCUAUGCCAGGGACUAUGCCGCCUCCGAUGCCAGUAAAGUCUCCAUAUCAAGCUCCGCAGCCGCCGCCCGUGUAUCGGGGAACGGAAGUCGCUCGCUUUGAUGCCCCGACGAGCCCUGCAGGGUCGAAGUUCAACGAGGAUGCGUUGCCUGCCAUGCCCAGCUGGGAUAAUGCUGUGACCAAGAGGGUGGAAGAUACUGGCCCCCAUGUGGAGGCAGUCGAGUUGGAGUCUAUGAAUCAUGUCAGUCGCGAGCCUCGUCGGAUGCCGUCUGCGCCUAGAAUGAAUGGGGGAGGGGUGGGUGGUGGAGGCUACAUGGGCCCUCCGCCGGUUAGAGCUGGUACUCCUGGUCAAUAUCCUAUUCGGACCGGCACGCCUGACAUUCCUGGCCACUACCCCGAGCCUCAAGACUACAAUGCGCAAACCCCGCAUGGGUACGAUGCUCAGAACACAUACGGGUACAACCACAAUGGCCCCAGAUCGCCUCCUCCCAUUUCUCCAUACGAUGAGCAGCCUUACAAUCAUGGCUUCCCCCAUGAAGAACGGUAUCAUACGAUGUCACCGGCUCCAACCUACACCACGCAGCCCGCUCAUGCACCAGCGGAGCAUUCGCAGCCUUAUUACAUGCCAUCGGAAACCCCACUCCCUCCAUAUAUGCCAAUGGACCGAACACGAUCUCCGGCUCCCGCCCUCUCAUCGGCCAUGAAUGCCCCUCGGCCCGUACCGUACCGCCAACCUUCCCCGGCGAUCAGUCAAUACAUACCUUACCAGGGAGUCUCCCCGGUCACACCUCCCUCACCACCGUCUUUCGCUGCCGCGCCGACUCCUCACGAAGCUAGUGACCCGGGCAGGCCCCCGAGUCUCCUGCAGAGCGGACGGAGGCCGGUGCCCAACUCUUACCGGGACGUGUAA